CUGUAACCAAGAGAACAAUCCAAACAGUCUUGGCAUCAGCUUUAUCUCUAGAUUAAAACACCCUUCUGCGCAGAACAUAACUCAUACGUUUACAGACUAUCCCUCCGACAAUACCAGUAAUAUUUACGGCCCUCGCAUUUCCGUUACGGUCUCCAACAGAUCACAAUGCACAAAAGUCAACGAUCAGUGGAUGAGCUUUUGCCCCUCCCCGAUGCCCUGACACCAAAGAAAAAUAGCACCCACAGAAGACCUCUCAACAAGAGAGUUCAGUCGACGCUGCUCCUUUCCGUGUCGGGUCUCAGCCCCUCCGUGUUCCUCCAUAGGCUCGAAGGGUCGGAUACGGAGCGAGAUUCAGACCAUGACGGGCUUCUGCCAUUGCGAAAAGCCGGAAAGCAUGCCAACUCCAAAUUUACCAGCAUUGACAUCCGGUCGCCGAUGCUCCCGCACCACUCAGAUGACUACUUUGCCAUAGAACCUUCACAGUUACUCAACCGGCCCUUUCACCUUGAGCACCCUCCUCAGGCCACCCACACGCCGCCAGUAGCGUCAGUUACCGAACUGGAUGCACCGCGAACCCCGCUCCUUCACCCAUCCGGUUCACGCAACAGUUUCUACCUGGCGAUACAACCUGUGAAGAAGAGGUCGCGCUUGGGCUUCAAACGCCUUUAUUAUAACGACUUCACCACCAUCGACUGGGUCAACUCGUUUAUCCUGAAGAACCGUGACGAAUGGGAGUUACGCAAGCGUGGGGAAAACUCCCUCCGCGGAAAGGUAUUCAUGCUCUUCAACAAGUUCCAGAGCUACAUUCUCAUCACCCUCUUUUCGUUCUGUUUCGCCCUCCUCGCGUUCUUGAUCGACAAGUUCGAGAGUUUUCUUGUAGGGUUCAAGAACGGGUAUUGUGUGGGGAACUGGACCUACUCCUACGAAACUUGUUGCGCCCCCAGCCACUCUCCCCUCCCACCGAAUGGCUUCAGGGCCCAGAACCCGCAUUUCAGCGAACAGUGCAGCCAAUGGCGCUCCUGGUCGGAAGUGGUGGACUUUGGCAUCUUCAUCAACAUCGACUGGAGUGUGUACAUUUUUCUCAGCAUCACCCUCGCGCUCUUUUCUGUUCUUGUCAGUUUAACCACCAAGACCGCCACCUCUCCCUCGCGUCGGAACUCCAUUGUCGCCCCCACAUACCUUUAUACUGCCGUGGGCUCGGGUGUCCCUGAGGUGAAAACCAUCCUCCUGGGGUUUGUGAUCCGAAAGUUCUUGGGAACUUACACACUUAUCGCCAAGACCGUGGCAUUGGUGUUUGCGAUUGCACUGGGCAUGUCCCUCGGAAAAGAAGGUCCGUAUGUGCACUUGGCGACUUGCGUGGGGAACAUCCUCUGCCGCUUUUUUCCAGCCAUCCACAAUAACGAAUACCGGAAGAAGCUGAUUCUCACCGCAUCUUGCUCGGCCGGCGUCGCCCUUGCCUUUGGAUCACCCCUAGGAGGGGUGCUCUUUACUCUCGAGGAGAUCGACAACUACCUCCCGGCAAAGCAGCUUUUCAAGAUCUUCUUCUGUGCGGUGCUCUCGACAAUUUUCCUCAAGUUUCUCAAUCCCUACGGCACGGGAAAGGCGGUCUUGUUCGCCGUCAAAUACGCCUCAGAGUGGAAACUGGCUGAACUUGUGUGCUUUGUGGUUAUCGGGGCCUGCGGGGGUAUUUUUGGUGCCGCCUUCGUGAAGUUUGUCCGGUGGUGGCCAACCAAGUUCCGCACCCUCAGGUUUAUUGAAAACCGUCCCGUCAGAGAGGUUAUGCUAGUGGCUCUUCUUACCUCUCUUGUCACGUUUGGGAACCCGUACACGGAGAAGGCAAUCCCCGAACUCAUGCUUGAUCUUGCCACCUCCUGCACCAAGGAGAACUGGAACCAGUCGUUGUGCCCCACCAACAUGUAUGAUCUCGUUUCGGAGUUGAGACGGCUUUCGCUCGCCUUUGUGUUCAAACUUGUGUUGACGGGCAUCACCUUUGGCUUGAAAGUGCCUUCCGGUGUCUACGUCCCUAGCAUGGUCAUAGGAGCGUUGUUUGGUCGCGUGUUUGCGCUUAUGUUGGAGUACUUGAACUACAACCACCCCUCCCUGAUGGUGUUGUUUUGCGAAGCCAGCGGAGAAGACACGGGAUUGAUUACAUGCGUUGACUCGGGGAUCUACUCGUUAAUUGCUGCCGGUGCCUUUAUGGCCGGUGUUACUCGCAUGAACAUCACUCUCGUGAUCAUCCUCUUCGAGUUGACCUCCUCCUACACGUACGUGAUCCCUAUUUCCAUCGCUAUUGCUGUUUCCAAUUGGGUGGCAACGGCGUUGGAGCCCCUUUCGUUGUACGAAUCCUUGCUUGUGAAAAACAACUAUCCCUUUAUCCACCACGAGGGGCCGUUCGACCCUCUGGUGACGGUGGGGGAUAUUUUGAUGGAUGAGGACACGGAGACGGUCAGUAUCCAUACCAAGAAAGGAGCAGACGAACUGUCAGGUGCUUCUAUCAAGACGGGAUCUGAGCAGACUCCGUUAGUUGCUGGUUCGCAGGCUCACUAUCAUUCAUCGGGAACCGUUGAACGACUGAAAGGUACAGACACUGUGGUCCCCCAGAGACCAGGCCUCCACGCCACCCCUUCUGCGUGGCUGCGACACUUGGUCCAGAGUAAUCUUCCGCAGUUCAACAGCUACUACCAUGAUAUGGUUAUCAAUAUCACAGAAGCGGCGUCUAUCUCUUCGACUGAGUUGCUUUACAAGUUUUCGAUCCUCCAGCGGCGCGGGUUGAUUGAUGGGUGUAUCCCUAUCAUCAAGAGCGGCAAGUGCAUUGGACUUAUUCCCGGCCCGGAGCUAGAAAUGCAGUUGGACAGAUUGCGUGAGUUCUGCCUUGAGUAUGGCAUCGUGGGCGAAAUUUACUGCUCCUUAACGAGGCACGGACAGCCAAAGAAGGGUCCCAUUUUUGACUUGACGGAGGACCUGAGACUGGUGGAGUUUGGUGACCAAUCCCUGACGCAUUCGUGGUUGUACAACGACGCCGUCUUGUAUCAGUUGCAGGAGACCUUGAACCAUCUUGUUAGUGAGGAGGAAAAGCACGUUAUUCUUCUUAUUUUCAGCCAGUUGGUGGACUUGAGUCGAAUCGUUGACUAUAAUCCGAUUUUCAUCAACUCAGACGCGGAUUUGUCGUUAGUGGAGUUGAUGUUUGGGCAGUUGGGAACCCGUAGUCUUAUUUUGCUUAAGGACGGAGACUUCUUUGGCGUUUUGCACAAGAAGAUUUUUAUUGACUAUUGCAGACGGAAGCUACGUCAUUGAGAGACCAUUAUCGUUUCUGUAACUCACAUACACACCGUGGUUGAGUCAUUGUUUGUCCUGCUAGUACCAAUUGGUGUAAGCGUUUUGGAGCAGAACGGUCCGUUUCCAAUCACACUGAGCCUGCUGUAAAUGUUGGUCCUAAGAUACAAAAUCACACAAAAUUCUGUUGAAUAGAUCUUGGAUUUAUAAAGGCAAAUUACCUCGGGUACGUGACGAAAAUAAUUGAUACCCUAAAGAACGUUCAAGACAAUAGAUGUAUUGUCAUAACGCCGAAGACACACUCAUAAGUGCGAGUAACUUUGUGCAACAAUAAAAAUUGAG